GGCUUUAUUGCCUUUUUUCGGUUGGCGCUUUUUCCCCUUCGAAAGGGAAAUAAAGCCCGAGGGCUUUCUUUCCUUUUUUAAGGAAAUAAAGUCCGUGGGCGUUGUAUAUGCUAUCGAAGGUGGCAUUGUCAAACGCGCCCUCAAUGUUUACAAAAAUGCCCAAGGCGAACUUCUUCUUCUGGAUGGCAUUUCUAAUUCUGGCAAGAAAAUUUUGCAAGCCGUGAUGAGAGCGCCUCCUUAUGAAUUUGCAACUCUACUAAUCAUUCCAGACAUUUUAGCAUGAUGUUAAGCUAAUAGGCCUAUAGCUUCUAGGGUUACGAAAAUAACGCUUUAGUUAGGUUAUUAAAGAGCGCAAUGCGGACACAAAGCCAUAAUCAGAGCAGAUAGACGUACCACUGAAAAUCUGGAAUAGCUCCCGUAAUGAUUGUUGGAAAUAUAAAACCGCAAUAUGUUAAUAAAAGAUAAUAAUUUUAGGUGCCGCGCCAUGCCGGUUCUGCUGGUAAGAGCUGAUUUUUACGGAAGAUAUUGGAAGACAAAGUUCGGGUAUUCGAUGAUUUCCGUUAAGAACACCCUAAAUUUACAUACAUGUUUACUUAUAGGCGAUAUACACGGUGCAUCUCAUUCGCGAAUCCAUUUGGAUAUGUUAGUGAAAAUAAAUAUGACAUAACUAGGAAUGACUCAACUUUGUGUAGACGAGUGCGAUACAACACGUACACAGAUGACUCGCGAGUUAGACGCACCGUCUAUGGCGCCCACAACGUUUCUGUCGUUAAAUUUUCACUACAUAUCAAUCAUAUUCUAUUUGUUACUAGAAAUUCUCAGUCAUGGAAAUUCUUUUGACACCAACUUAUGUAUUUAUUUAUUAAAAAAUUACUACUUCUUAAUUUUCAAUGUGUCUAACAAAAUCUAAACAUAGUGAUACAAGCAUCGAUGGCAGUCUUUCUAGCCAAGUCAGUGAAGCUUUUCUCGAGAAGUAUAGAUUUAGAAGAGAUUCGGGCUCCAAAAUAGCAUCGGAACCGAACUUUCUCAUUAUCGGCGCUGGCGCUGCUGGCCUUGCGUGCGCUGUGUCACUGCUUAAAAAAGGUUUCCGGUAUGUGACUAUCAUCGAGGCGGAGAAUCGAAUCGGUGGACGUAUUUUUACAAAGUCAUUUGGCCACAAUACCAUCGAUUUAGGCGCACAAUGGUGCCAUGGUGAAAAGGGUAAUAUUGUUUACCAAACAGUUAGUGGUAAAGUAACGCUGGGCUCUUCGACUCACAUCUACACAAAGUUCGAUUGCAUUCGCUCGGAUGGUGAGUUAUUGCCAAAUGAUGUAGUUCAAAAGCUUAAAACUUUGCUGGUACAAAUCUUUGCAAAGCGCCAUCAGGAGCUGCCUUCAUUUAAAGGUACAUUUGGCGAGUAUUUAAGCAAGAAUUUCUAUGAAAUGAUAACGAGUAAAGAAUACGAAGACAUUAGUCGCGCCGUUGCACGAGAAUUCUUCGAGAAUUUCAUAAAAAUCGAGCGGUCUGAGACAGCUGCAGGAGUUGAGGAAAUGUCCGCACAGGGUUUUGAAAAUUACAUUCCAUGUGAUGGUGAUUAUUUAUUGCAUUUCGAUAAUGGAUUUCUAGAGUACCUACGUAUUCUUUUGGAAGCUGAUGAAUUUGGUAACGAUUUGGGGCUGCUAGAGGAUAAAAUUAUUUUCGGCAUACGCGUGAAAGAGGUCACAUGGAACCGUGCCGAUUUCAAAGCGCAGGUUACUUGUGAGAACACCUCAGCUGUAUUUCUGGUAGACCAUGUCAUAGUGACAGUCUCAUUGGGCGUACUAAAACGAAAUGCAGCGCAAUUGUUCAACCCAGAGUUGCCGAUAUCUAAACAGCGUGCAAUCGAAGGCAUAGGCUAUGGCAGCAUUAUGAAAUUAUUUCUGGAGUUUCCAACGCCAUUCUGGAACAGUAAAUGGAUGGGCCUAGCCAUGCUUUGGCGUGAAGAAGAUCUUUUGGAGUUACGCGAAAGCGCACGCGCCUGGCUGGAAAAUAUCUAUGGCUUUUAUAGGGUUGCAAAUCAACCCUGCGUAAUAGUUGGCUGGCUAGUUGGCUCCCAAAUUCCUCAGGUAGAAACAAUGCCAGAUAUCGAGGUUAAGGAAGGAUGUAUGUAUUUGUUGAGGCGUUUCUUGCCGCAAUGCAAUAUACCGGAUCCAAUAGAUUUUAUCAAAUCUGUUUGGGAUACUAAUCCAAAUUUUUAUGGCACAAGCUCGUUUCGUUCACUGAAGACAGAAGAGCUGUGCACAGGUGCAGUUGAGUUAGCGCAACCCAUAACCGUACUCGCCGAAGCGCCUAACUUUCUCGUUGAAACGCAUCUGCAAGGAGGUCUGGCCGUUAAGCCGGUAAUACUGUUUGCUGGCGAAGCUACACAUGAAACUCAUUUCGGUACGGUGCAUGGUGCGGUAGAGAGUGGUAUACGAGAGGCUAAACGUCUGGAAGGUUACUACACAGUAGAUCUGUAGAGAAAAUUGUGCAAAUUUAAAUGUAUACGAAAACUCAAAUAUAUUUUGCAAAAAUAACAAACUAUCUACACAAACGCAAAGCU